CAUAUGCAACAAGAAAAUCCCCACCACCACACACCACAAUUAAUUUUCCCACCCAAAGUAACAAGAAAAUGCAGGAAGAAACUGUACAGUACGAAACUUUUUAUUAAACCCUCAAAACAAAUUUCCCUCUUUUCCAUGAGCUCAAACACCAAUUAAACAAUAAACCAUACCACCACCAACAUCUCUCUUUUCUCAGAUCACCACGUUUUAAAUUCAAAACCGCCACUGCACCGCCACCACCUCCCCCUCCUACUCCUAUCUACCCGCCCAGAACCCAUCACCUCGCUUUGUACUCUGGUUAAUCUUUCCUCUCAAAAGAGAGAGAGAAAAAAAAAAAACCCAAUAAUUCGGUAUUUGUUUUUCCUAUCUAAUGGUGACUGGUGGGUCCCACCAGGAUGAUGUGGACAAGAAUCCGGCUACUAUCGCCGCCGUCUCUAGAGGAGGAACCAGGUCUUGGGGAAACACCACGGUCUCGGGUCAAUCAGUAUCGACCAGUGGCAGCGUUGGCUCCCCUUCUAGUCGGAGCGAGCAAGCCAUGGCUACGCCGGCAAGUGAUAGCACUUUUCUUAGGUUGAACCAUCUUGACAUUCACGCCGACGAUGCGGCCACCCAAGAUGCCGCUGCUAACAAGAAGAAAAAGAGAGGUCAACGGGCAGCUGGAGCUGAUAAGAGUGGUAGAGGACUCCGGCAAUUUAGUAUGAAAGUGUGUGAAAAAGUGGAAAGUAAAGGAACAACCACUUACAAUGAGGUGGCAGAUGAACUUGUUGCAGAGUUUGCUGACCCGAGCAACAGUGUUUCAUCUCCAGACCAGCAGCAGCAAUAUGACGAGAAAAAUAUACGACGAAGAGUAUAUGAUGCCCUUAAUGUACUCAUGGCGUUGGAUAUCAUAUCCAAGGAUAAAAAGGAAAUACAAUGGAAAGGUCUUCCUCGAACUAGCCUGAGUGAUAUUGAAGAAUUAAAGGCUGAACGUCUUGCAUUAAGAAAUAGAAUAGAGAAGAAAUCUGCCUAUUUGCAAGAACUGGAGGAACAAUAUGUAGGUCUUCAGAACCUGAUUAAUCGAAAUGAGCAACUAUACAGCUCAGGAAAUGCUCCUAGUGGGGGUGUGUCCUUGCCUUUUAUUUUGGUGCAGACACGCCCUCAUGCAACAGUUGAAGUGGAAAUAUCAGAAGAUAUGCAGCUGGUGCAUUUCGACUUUAAUAGCACCCCUUUUGAGCUGCAUGAUGAUAAUUAUGUCCUUAAGGCAAUGAAAUUUUGUGAGAGACCACAGAGUGAUGAUAUGGCACCCAAUAUAGCUACUGAUGGAGGUGAAGGUUCUAGCAUGUCCAACAUGUAUCAACAACAAAUUCAUCCUUCUCCGGGAACAAGCACACCAGUUAGGCCACCCACCUCACCACCUAUUCCUGGAAUUAUAAAAGCACGCGUUAAGCAUGAGCACUGAUAAACAUGUUUCCAUGGGCUGUGAUCUCUGCAUGUGUCUGUAAAUUGUGUAAAGUAGCUUGCUGGAGGUGGGAGUGCCCCUCUUUACCUUCACCUCCUCCUGAUUUUACUCUCACUGGGAGGAAUCAAGGUAACAAGCAGAUGCAUCUCCUUUUCUUGGAGAUUUACAUGGAAUAUUUAAUUUUAUCAGGUCCUCAGUUUUAGAUCCAUGGUUAGCUAUUGUAAUUGUUUAAUCAAUUUUUUAUUUUGUCCUACCGUGGUAAAAAUGAAGCUAAUCUGUCAGUUUAUAUUAGGCUACAGGAGAUUGUCUUAGCCGCACACAGAAUCAUAGAAUUAAGUCAACAAUUUGAUAUUCCUUGUAUUGCACAUUACAUUUAUGCCAUCACUGUUUACUAUAGCCAAAAUUGUCUAUUUGCGUCCUGUUAUUUGCAUCUCAUGGCAGGGAUCUUUGUGAGAAGAUGAAAAUAAACUAAAAUACGAAAGAUAAUGUAUUUAUUUUGACAUAAUGAUUUUGGAUAUUCCCA